AUGGUGACCCAGGCGAGCGGCCUUAAAUACUUACUCUUCUUCACUGAGGCCAUGCGGCCCCCAAUGCCGCCACCACGCGCCGCUCUCGAUAUACUUCCGCUCGAGCUCUGGGACAUCGUUAUUGCGUCACUGGUCGACCCCCUGGUGCUGGCGCAUGUGUCCCAGGCGCUGAACGAGCGGUGCGUCCGGGCCGCAUCGGAGCGGGCAAGCGAACGGCCCGUCGAAUGGGCCCGGGUGCGGACAGGCCAGCUCGACUACGGACGGGACGUACUGCGCGCUGUGGCCCACUACGUCCCCCUGGAAGCCCUGCCGCUCACAGACUUGUCGGUCGAGCUCAUCGUCCCGCAGAGCAUAUCUCUGACUCCCCAACUCGGCGCACAGCUGUUCGAGCUGUACCACAUCGUGAGCCAUGCGCCGCGGCUGCACCGGCUCACGGUCCGUUUUGACGCUGAGGUCAGAUGGUCUAACAAUGGCUGGCAACACAUCUUUGUUAACCGGGCCAUGAAGACGCUCUGUGCCAUCCUGGCGCGCGCGGCGGCACGUGCGCCGGGCCCCGUGAUCGUGGACAUUCGCAAGCCGAGGCUCAGCGGAAAGCCCGCAGUGCCGUUCACGUGCAGGCCGACGGACAUCGCCGAGUGGGAGCUCGACAACGCGACGAGCCGCUUCAAUCCGCCCGGCCGCUGGACCCCACGACGCCUACUCCAGCCGAAGCGCCUCCAGGUGGCCGAUGGCUCCACCCUCACGCGCUGCCACGACGGCACUGUGGCCCUCGCGCCGAGUGUCCAUCCGUUUGGCAUCAUUUGCUGGGCUCGAGUCCACGCAGGGUCCCACCGCUGCAGCCUUCUCGCGCUACACGAGCACAAUCCAAAUGACGAAGGCCUCACACACCUUGGGGAAAGCACUCAGCGCCUUUUCGGAAUGCCGCUACACAACGUGCUUCGGAAGCACAGCCACCUGUUGGUGCCCGAAGCUCGCCUCUAUGGAGAAUCAAUGGAAUGA